AUGAAGCGCAACCCCCGCAAACUAGCCUGGACCAAAUCCUUCCGCCGCGCCCACGGGAAAGAAAUGACGGUAGACAGCACGCUGCAAUUCGCCCAACGCCGCAACAUCCCAAUCCGGUAUAACCGCGAACUCGUCGCCACGACACUACAAGCUAUGCAAAGGGUCUCGGAGAUUAGAUCGAGGAGGGAGAGGCAGUUCUACCGCAACCGGAUGCGGGGCAAUAAGGCCAAGCAGUUGGAGGCGGAUCGGAAGUUGGUGGCGGAGAAUCAGCAUUUGCUUCCGCCGCAGUAUCGGGAUCAGGUUGUGCAGGCGCUUGAGGGGGCUGAGGCGGUGCAGAAGGAGGAGAUGGAGUUGGAGGUUGGGGAGGAGAAGGUGGAGAAGGUGCAGAAGGAGAAGGUGAAGGCGAAGAGGAAGCAGAGGUUGGUGCGUGGGGAGGGGGUUGAGGAGAUGGACGUGGAUGAGUAA